GUAUGGUUUAAAUAUCUCUCUCAUUUUCCUUCUCACUUAAUUUCUUCCAUAGCUAGCUCCAUUUAUAUUAUAAACUCCAUUGCUAUAUAUAUAUAAGAGGAGAGAGAAGGAAAACUUCUACAUAUAUAUCAUCAGAGAGAGAGGUUGGAGAGGUUGAAGAGAGCUAGUUAAAAGAUGAAGUACUGGUGGAUUAAUUUGGUUACGGUUUUGAUAGUUUUAGCCGGGAGUGGAGAGGCACAGUUAGCUGAAAACUUCUACAGAUCCACCUGCCCAAACGUUGAAGCUAUAGUACAGCAGGCUGUCUCUACCAAGUUCAGUCAAACUUUUGUCACAAUCCCGGCCACUCUCCGCCUCUUUUUCCAUGAUUGUUUCGUCGAGGGAUGCGAUGCCUCAGUCCUGAUUGCAUCUCCAAAUGGGGACGCAGAGAAAGACUCAAGUGACAAUAUAUCUCUUGCAGGAGAUGGUUUUGACACCGUCGUCCAAGCCAAACAAGCAGUCGAAGCUCAAUGCCCCGGCGUCGUUUCAUGCGCUGACAUUUUAGCUCUCGCUGCUAGAGACGUCGUCGUUUUGACGGGAGGACCAGCGUUCAACGUGGAGUUGGGACGCCGGGACGGGCUGGUAUCACAGGCAUCACGGGUCGCCGGAAACCUACCGGAACCAAAUUUCAACCUGAACCAGCUGACGUCCAUGUUCGCCAAACACGGUCUGUCCCUGACCGAUUUGAUCGCUCUCUCGGGAGCUCACACAUUGGGGUUCUCCCACUGCGAUCGCUUCUCCGACCGGAUCUACUCCUCUCCGGUGGACCCCACCCUAGAUUCCGACUACGUCAACCAGUUGAAGGGCAUGUGUCCCCGUGAUGUGGACCCCAGCAUCGCCAUUAACAUGGACCCCGAGACUCCGAGGACCUUCGACAAUGUUUAUUACCAGAACCUGGUGGCAGGGAAGGGUUUGUUCACUUCGGAUCAGGUUCUUUUCACCAAUUCCCAAUCGCAGCGUACUGUGACCGAUUUUGCGAACAAUCCGGGUGACUUUAACGGAGCUUUCAUCACCGCCAUGAGGAAGCUUGGAAGAGUCGGAGUCAAGACCGGUAGCGAUGGGGAGAUCAGGAGAGACUGCACUGCUUUCAAUUCAAGAAAUUGAUGAUAAGAUUUUUGAUAAUGAUGGUGAUGAUACAUACAUUCAUGCAUGCAUGGACAUAUUAAAUAACAAAUAUAUCCAUACAUAUAUAUAAUAAUAAGCACAUCAUGAUUUAUAACUGUAAUUUGUGAGUCAUCAUUUGUGGUUUUUUUUUUUUUUUUUAAACUUUAUCUAUUUUUUGGGAAAAAGAAAUGUGAAUUGCUGUUUGGUGAAUAAAAAUGAAAAUUGUUAAUAAGUGCUUAUUUUGUUACAAUAAUAUAACUUCUUAUUUUAUUUC